AUGAGUAAUAAAGAGUUAGAAACCAAAAUUAUUGACUAUUUAAAAAAAUUAGAAAAAAAUGAAAUUCCUUCCCAAAUAAGCAGUAAAAAAAAAAAUCUUUUACUAGCCGACAAAAAAGAGUAUGAGAAGUUAGACCAAGAGCAAAAAGAUUAUCAAGAAUUAAGUCAAGAAGCGAAUCAAGAAGAGCAAAAUCUUUUCUUAACCGAAAUUAAAGAGUUGGAAGAAAAAAAAGAGCAGUUAAUUAAUAAAAUUAAAGAGCAAUUGAUGGAAGAAGAAGGAACUAAACAAAAUAUUGUUCUUGAGAUUCGUCCCGGUACUGGAGGAACUGAAGCGGGGUUAUUUGCUCGUGACCUUUAUCGUAUGUAUUAUAAGUUUGCGGAAAGUAAGGGCUGGAAAAUUGAGAUGGUAGAAAGUAAAGUAGAUAAUGAGGGUAAUUUCACCUUUGUUUCUUUUUUGGUGAAAGGAAAGGAAGCGUUUAAUUGGUUAAGAAAUGAAGCGGGGGUUCAUCGGGUACAAAGGGUUCCUCAAACUGAAAAUAAAGGACGUAUCCAUACCUCAACUGCUAGUGUGGUGGUUUUGCCGGAAGCCCAAGAUGUCGCUCUCAAUAUUCGUCCGCAAGAUUUAAAAAUUGAUACUUACAGUUCAGGCGGACCCGGCGGGCAACACGCUAAUAAAACUGCCUCGGCGGUGCGGAUUACUCAUAUACCGACCAAGAUAGUGGCAACUUCCCAAGAUGGCCGCGACCAGCGAGUUAAUAAAGAAAGAGCAUUAUUUGUUCUCAAAACGCGACUCUUGGAAAAAUUACAGACUGAAAAAGCAAAAGAAGUAGGCAGUUUGCGCUCUUCGAUGAUUGGCACCGCAGAAAGGUCCGAAAAAAUUCGCACUUACAAUUAUCCCCAAAAUCGGAUAACCGACCACCGCUUAGGAAUAAGUUGGAACAAACUUAAUUUUAUUAUGGAAGGGGAUUUAGAGGAGUUAUGUCAAAAACUUAUUGACUACGAAGUGGAGAAAAAAAUAAACCUAAUUGAAAAGAAAAUCCGGGAGUUUCAGGAAGGAGUAGAUUAUGUUUUUGCUGGUGAAACUCAUAAGGAUUCGGAAAAAGCACCUCCAAUAAUAAUAGGAGAUAAAGAAGAAAAAAAUAGUGGAUAUUUUGUCGGUUAUACCCUCAGAAGUUUUGAUAUCUUAUCCCUGCGAUUAAAAAAAGCUCUGCGGGAAACAUUAGCCAAGCAGGCUGAAAUGUUGCUGUCUCUGGAUUUUCAAUGA